UUGAAGUCAGAGGAGUUAGUCUUAGUGGGAUAAAAAGUGAAGUGUUAAUCAAUGGCAUGUGGGUCCAUUUUGCAGAAGAUCCAGCUGCCCAAAAUCACUCACUCUCCAUGUGCACAGCCUCAUCAUCUUUGGCUGGCUUCUUCCUUCUCCUGAUCUAAACUAACACUACACGUUCCAUGAAGAUGCACAUUCUUAUUAUAGUCUUAAUUACUUUUUUUUGAUCAUUUGCCUAGUAUGCUCUUUUUCUGAGACUUCUCGUUCGACCUCUCAUGGAUUCAACAGCUCGCCUAGAUUAUGCUCUCUUUCAGCUCACUCCUACUCGGACUAGAUUUGAUCUGGUGUUGUUCUUUAGAGGGAAUAGUGAGAAACUAGCAUCUGGGUUAUUUGAACCUUUCAUUUCUCAUCUUAAAUUUGCAAGAGAUGAAAUUUCAAAAGGUGGAUAUUCCAUUACUCUUCGUCCACCAAAUCGUGAUGCCCUCUGGUUCACUAAAGCUACCUUUGAGAGAUUUGUGCGGUUUGUUAGCACACCAGCAGUGCUUGAGAGGUUUGUAAGUCUUGAAAAAGAGAUUUUGCAGAUCGAGGUUUCAAUCCAAGCUAAUGAGUUGUCAAACGUCAGUGUGCCUGGUCAACUGGAGAAAGGUAGUGGGGAUAGUCAAAUAAGGAAGUCAUCCGAUUCCUCUAAGCUGAUAGGUGAGCCUAAGAGAAACAAUGAUGCUGAGCAAAAAGAGAACUCCAAGAUUCAACUUCAACGUCUGUUGGGAACUCGGAAAGCCUUGCUCCGGAAAGAGCAGGCAAUGGCUUAUGCCCGUGGACUUGUUGCUGGAUUUGAAGUUGACAGGAUAGAUGAUCUCAUUUCUUUUGCUGAUACAUAUGGAGCUUCACGAUUAAGGGAAGCAUGCAUAAAUUUCAAGGAAUUAUGCAAGAAAAAACAUGGCGAUGGUCUUUGGAUGGAGGAAUUAGCCGCAAUGGAAGCAUGCUCCCCAUCAGAACUGUCAUUAAUGGGGACAUCUGGCAUUGUACUUACAAAUGAAACCAUCACUCCUAAUCAGAAUGUUCUGUUGAAUUUUACAUCCAAUGGAAAUCUCGGGUCAAAUGAACCUUUAGAUGCAUCAAAAUCUGAUUCAACUGUAAGUCGUGCGAGUUCAAGUUCAGAUGGCAAAAAAGAUGAUAACUUGCCUGCAAAAGUUCAAGUUCCAAUAACAUGGCCAAACCAGUUACCACAGUAUAUGUACAGUUUUCAAGGCCCUCUACAACAACUGCCUCCCUAUCAAGGGUACCCUUUUCCUCCAAUGCACCCUCACUAUGCAGGGAAUGUGCAGUGGCCUCCCAAUAUGAAAGAAUCCAAUCUUGGUUUAGUGCAGGAAGCUGAUUAUCAUAGGAAUCAUAAGUCAUCUUCCCGAAAGAAAGAGAAAUUUCUGAACCGAAAAGGUUCUGAAUUUUCUGAAGAAGAUGGACAAACUGAUUCCAGUGACUCAGACUUUGGGAGUGACUCAGAUUUAAACAUACAGCAAGAGAAGAGUUCUUCAACUGAGCAUCCAUACAGGAAAAAACAUAGGAAGAAGUCUUCCAAAACAGUUGUCAUUCGUAAUAUUAAUUACAUUACUCCUAAGAGGAGAAAUGGAGAAAAAAGUGGUGGGUCUGAUGAAUCUCUUUCUGAUGAGGAUGAGUUCAUUGAUCAAGAUUCCCUCAAGAAGGUAGACGAUGUUGUAGGCUUGUUGAAGAAAUCUCAAAAGUCAAACUCAAGUAAUAAAAAAAAUAGAGGUGCUAACAAAAACCUCCAUGCUGCAAAUGGAUCAAAUGAUGCUAAUGACCAGGAUUUUGAUGAUAACUCAGUUGCAGAUGUGUCUAACAAAGGAAAAGGAAGUGAGAACUGGGAUGCAUUUCAAAACCUUCUCAUGAGAGAUGAAGAUGCACCACUUAAUGGGGUAGAAAGGUUGCCCUUAAUGGAUGUUCGGGAUGAAGAUUUAAUUGUCAGAAGCUCUGAAGGUGGAAUUUCCUCUGCAACAAGCCCUGCUGUGGAUCCAGAGUCUGAAAAAGUUCCCAAGCAAAGGAUAAUUGCAGCUGACUCCUUUGUAUUAACUGAGAGGGAAGGAGGAAGUGUACUUAUAGGCAAGCUGGAAGGUUUUGAAAAUGGAGAGAACUUCUGCUCUGUCCUGAAAAGAGGGAAUUAUACAGAUGCAGGUUUGCUGUUUUCAGAGAAGCCAAAGGAAACUAGUUGUAACUUUGAUGAUAUUGUAUCUGCUGCUGAUUCGUCUAUAAUUAAGACAGCGAAGGCAGAAGAUUGGUUUGUUGCCAAUCACUCUGGGAAACCAGAAAACCAGAAAGCAAUCAGUGAGCAUGCAAUCUUUGAUGGAGAUAUGUCAGUUGGUGAUCACUUCCAGACUGAUAAACACAGGAAGGAUGUACUUAUUGAUGAUUCCUUCAUGGUACAGGCCUUACCAGCAACUAAUGAUUUAUAUGAUUCCCAUUGGAGAACAGACAUAGGCAUGGACAUGGUUGCAGACCUAAUUUCCGCUUCCAGCCCUGGGAAUGCUGCUGCAAGUGUCCCACAAGAUAAGCAUGAUGUAUGUGAACCUGAUGAUCUAUGUAUGGUGCUUGAAAGAGAAUCGGAAUUUGAAUCUGUGCAUGAUUCAUGGAAUGUGGAUUAUGGAAUUGAUGUGACACUUGAGGAAGCUAAUAGGAGGUUCUCAGACGUUGAAAAUAGGGAACUUUCUUCAAAUUCUGAGGCCUCUGUUAUUAAGAAUAAUGAAGUUAAUGGAGCCAAAAUUCCAGCAAAAGAAGCAAAGUCUAAAGUUACUCGUGGAAUAGGGAAGACCAAACCAGAGCUAAUUUCAAAGAGCAGGAAACCAUUUGUGAGUAGGCCCACAGUUCAGAAGAGCAAGUUAGAGAAGGAAGAAGAGAUUCGUAAGAAGAUGGAAGAAUUAGCAAUUCAACGGCAGAGAAGAAUUGCUGAGAGAACUGCAGCUGGUGGUUUGCCUCCAGCAGCAUCCAAGAAAGCACCAUUACAGUCACACAAUAAAAGAGCAACAGGAAGCAUUACUCACAAUGAGAAUAGAACUCAUUCUGCAGCUCAAGAGGCAAACAGGAUUCUUUCUUCUAGAAUUAAAGCAUCUUAAGGAAAAAGCUCAAAGGUGAACAGUACCCAAUUUGCAUGUUCUUCCACCUUAGAUCGUAGCUGAUCCAAUUGCUGGAGCUGAUAUCGGCUUGUUAUUAUUUAUCCCCUUAAAAUUUUUACUUUUUCGUGUGCAGUUUGCUCUCACAUAAUGUAUAGGCGCUAUUGUUUGUGUUAUAUUUUUUUACUUUGUUUUCUUCAGCCAGCAUAUUCUACUGAGGGACUUGAUUGAAGUCUAAAGUUAUAAUUAUUUGUAUUAUAGGGAAAUAAAUAAUCUCCCAGGAGUCAUAAAUUUAAUUUUUCUGGAAUUCCAUUCUUUGAACCCUGUAAAAGUUAAGGAUUUCUGCAUAUGUUUUAUGGCAAUGAGUGGUUGUUUA